UCUGUCUACGGAAAGUCGAUGCUUAUCGAUGGUAAACAACAUCGACGGUUUACGAAAAUUACCAUUUCCCUGAUAAGCAACUGGAACGCAACGACCAAAGAUAUAAACGCCAUGCUAUAAACGCUUCGCUGGCACGUUUUCGUUAGCCCCCAACCAAAACUAGACCAACUUCUGUCCGGGGGUAAUACACAGUGGGAAAACAACACCAGCUAGUCGAAAAGCUCCCCCUCAAAAAUUAGUAACAAUGUUUGCCACACUGAAAAACAAAAUCAAAGAGGAAACUGGUGAGGAUGUGGUCCAUUCGGCCAAUCAGCGUUAUCCCAGCAAUAACAACAACAAUUACCGGCUGCGUAGUCGCCGCGUUAGCAUUAAUUCCAAUUCAGCUGAUGAUGUGGGCGGUGGCGGAUUCUACAAUGAGUCAGAGCAACUUUGCCAGCUGCGGAGUCAGUGCAACGAGCUCACCACCAAGGUGUCUACCAUCACGCAGGGAAUGCAGCAGCUGCAGGAGGAGAAGACCCGCGUAGACAAGACCAACGAAAUCCUGCUGGAGAGUGUGCGAGUGGCUCAAACGCAGAAGGAUAUGUACUGCGAAGAGCAGGAAAAAAUCCAGAACCUUCAACAGGUCGAAAUUGACAAGCUUAAAAACCUACUGAGCUUCCGUGAGCAGGAAUCUGUGGAUCGCAUGGGUCACAUGCGACAGCAGAGCCAGCAAAUCGAAUUACUGAGCGAGGAACUAGAGCGCCUGCGACCAAUGGAAUCGGUAGCCGAGGAUUUGCGGGACGAACUGGAGCAACUGCGGCAUUCUAUGCAGCAGGAAAAGAACCUGCUGACCACCACAUUAGCAGCGGUGCAAGAAGAGAACAGACACCUCAAAAAACGCAUGAAGAUCGUAGAGGAGUCCCGCCUCGAAUCGCUGGGCAAGCUGAAUUCCGAGCAACAGGUGCAGGCUCUUAUCCGCGAGCAUAAGCUUUUGGAGCAGCACCUAGAAGAGGCCCAUCUGCAGCUAUCGGAUAUCAAGGGAUCCUGGAGUGGUCAGAAUUUGGCGCUGGAAACUCAAGUCAGUCGAUUAUCCAAGCAAGUGGCUGAGGAGACUACCGAAAAGCGAAAGGCCCUUAAAUCCCGUGACGAUGCCAUUGAAAGCCGCAAACAGGUUUCAUUCGAGUUGGAAAAGGCAAGAGAUGAAGUUAGGCAGCGCGACGAUAAGGUCAAGCUGCUCGAGGAGGAAAUUGACGAGCUAAGUGUGGCCCUGAAAGAGUGCCGAGAGGAGAACGAGCAGCAAAUCCUCUUUGAGCGCAACAAAUCUGUGAGUAUCAAAAUUUUAGAAACAGAGGUAAAAGAUCUCAAGAAUCGUCUCACGGCGGCUGAUGACAGGUUCACCGAGUACGCCUCGAACGCCGAGCAGGUAGCCCAAAAGCUACGGACCCAAUUGACUGAAAAACACGAGCAGCUGGACGAAACCAUUAUGCAGCUGGAAAUUGAACGAGAAGAGAAAAUGACUGCAAUACUUCGCAACGCGGAAAUCGCCCAGAGCGAAGACAUUUUACGGCAACAGUUGCGCUUAGAGCGCACCGAAGCCACCGAUCUCCAGGACAGAAAUAAUCAAUUGGAAAUAGAUAUAUCCGAGGCCCGACAAACGCUGCAACAGGUCAGCAGCACAGCCGAGGACAAUGCCCAGAAGUUAAGCGAAUUCGAGGGUAUUCAGUUAGAAAUAAUCGAGAAAAAUAAGACAAUAAAAACAUUAAACCAACGUUUGGUUGACUUAAAGAAAACAGUGCAAAAGGAAUUGCGUAGUGCGCAGAUCUCCACAGAGAGUGAAUCUCAUCCGAUAACGAUCCCUGGCCACAGAAUCUCAAGUUCAUCUCUGGAGUCAUUUCCAUCUGGCGACAAGGGCAACUGUAUCAUAAUGGAUGAAGUUAAUUUUCAAUAUUUGAAACAUGUCAUUGUGAAGUUCUUGACCAGCCGUGAGGUGGAAGCACGACAUCUUGUCCGUGCCGUAUCCACAUUACUUCAACUGACAUCCGAGGAGGAAAAGCUUCUGCAUGACACUUUAAAUUGGAAGAUGAGUUGGUUCGGCAUGAAGCCAACUUAAGAUACCCACUGCAAUAAAUCACAUUUGUAUUCUAGUCUGUAGUCAAUUCAUAACGUUCUGUGUAAUUUGUACAUAUACAGCAAUUGCAUAUGCAACACUCUGUUAUUUUGUUUACCGACAACAUUCCAUUUUGUUAAAUAGUAUUUAUUUCUACCGUUGUGAUUUUUAUAAUAAACUAACAUUUAUGUAAAA